AUGGACGACCUUCUUGGAGAAGACUGGCGCAACAAGCCGUCUGUGCCACCGACACCCUACAGCGGCUAUAGACCGGCACAGCUCCCAGGAUCCGGCACUGCGUCACCCGCCAAUCUCAGCAGACCUUCGAGUGCGGCCAACGUCCCCAAACCCACGACUCCGGCCAACCAUGACUCCUUCGGCAACCUUCUCGGUCCCAAGACUCAAAGGCCUACCACCAAUGUGUCCAUGCAAGAGCGACAGAAACAAUUGAUCGAGGAGAGGCGCAGACAACAAGAGCAGAGUUCACAGCUUUGGGAAACAUUGGGUAGUGGUCGAUCCACACCGGCUCAGCGACAACCAAGUCCGGCAGCGCCUGUGGAAGACGAUGACGAUAUACUGGCGGCCUUCAACAAGGACGCACCGGUCGAUGCAGCCAGCCACCUCUCGCCGCCGCCAUCAUCUGCUGGUGCGAGUGGCAGGAAUACACCAGCGUUUGCGCAGCAAUCAAUGCCAACGAGAUCAGCCCCCAGCGCGGCUGUGGAAGGAGAUGACGACCUCUUCGGCCUCGGCAGCGUGCGUUCCCCCAGCAAUGGGCAUGCUACUGCGCCCAAACCUGAAGCUACCAAUGAGGACGACGACAUACUGGGUGACCUUGGGAAACCGGUGACGCCAAUCCCACAAACCCAGUCGCAGGCCCCGGACGAGUCUUCGCAGGAGCAUAUGCUUGGCAGUGACAGGAGGCGGCCUUCGAACGAGCCAGAGCACGAGCAGGACGAGCUUGCUGCGGCACCGAAAGAUCGAGCGCUGGCCGAGUUGGUAGACAUGGGAUUUCCGGUGGACACGGCGAGGAUUGCGUUGAGCGAGACGGGUGGCAAUGUCCAGGGUGCAGUUGGCUGGCUACUCCAGCAAGCUCACGAAGAGUCGAGGCAGAAAGCGAGAGGCGAGACACCAGCUUCACGCACACGAAGUCCACAAGUCAGCAGCCGGUCGCCGCAGCGAAGACAGCGCGAUGAACGAGCGGACACACCAGCAUGGAUGCGCAGCCAAGAUGGUGGUCGGUCGAACUCCGCAGCGAGGCAGCGUGAAGGAGUGAAUGGAGACAAAGAUGCGGCACAUGUUGCUCAGGAGCUUGGAAGCAAGGUGUGGAAAUCUGCAAACUCAUUGUGGAAGGCCAGUCAGAAACAGAUGGCCAGGACCAUUGCAGAACUUCAACAAGAGCCCGGUGGUGGAGAUACAAGCCAACCAAAAUGGAUGCGAGACCCGAACGUCGAAUCGGAUCCACCGCGGCGACGUCAACCAAACGCUCCAGCACCAAAACCUCGCACGUUUGCAGCAGGACUCACUGACGAGGCUGCUGCACUUGACGGCCCUCGCGAGAACAGCGAAAGGAUGAAGCGGCCAUCGCCACCGUCACAUCCAUCGAGCAGAGGGCGUUCGCCGGCGGAAGCAUUACCGACCCGACCGGCGCGGCCCAACCUUGCGCAGCCUACAGCAACUCCCUCCGAUCGGCGGCCAGCGAUGAAGCUCAGCCGACAGGCAGUCGAAGAACAAACUGCUCAGGCGUAUGUGAGCCCCGCCCGCCGGAAACGACCGACAGCCCAGCCCCCGCCCGAGCCUGAGCAGAAGGCCGACAAGGACGUCGAUCUCUUCAGCUCGGAGUCAGUGCCUCCCGCAGCCAAGGUCCCGCCAAAUGCGACGUCCUCCGCAAGGCCAGUGCCAGCCUCAAGACCUUCGCCAGCGCCGAUUCCUCAAAGGCCCAAAGCGCCACAAAGAACAGUCCCCGCCGUGUCGCCUACCGCGCUGCAGGCCGCAGCGACUCAUCGGAAGACCGGUGGCGAGCACUUCAAACGAGGCGACUAUGCUGCUGCGCACGAGUCGUACACUGCCGCUCUCAUGCCACUGCCGACUGGCCAUCCCAUCACAAUUGUGAUCCUCAGCAACCGGUCCCUUACAGCACUCAAGACUGGCGACGCCAAGGUUGCUGUCUCGGACGCCGAACGCGCCCUUGAGGUUAUUGGGCCGAGCCAAGGCACGGGCGAGAGCAUCGAGCUUGGAGUUGGCGAAGGGGUCAAGGAGAUGAAGGAGUUCUAUGGCAAAGCUCUCAUGCGCAAGGCGGAAGCUCUGGAGCACAUGGAGAAAUACAAUGAUGCCGCUGCGGUGUGGCGGCAAGCUGUUGAAGCAGGGGUGGGAGGGACUGUCAGCCUGCGGGGCAGAGACCGAUGUGAGAAGGCAGCAGCACCGAAGCCACCAGCAGCUGCGAAACCUACAGCGCCGACUCGUACAUCGGCCGCAAAAGUGCCGACGAAGUCUUUGGGCAACACUCAACAGCGGCCAACCUUGUCUUCUGCAUCAUCGGCAGACGCGGUCAAGAAGUUGCGAGCCGCCAAUGCACAGGCGAAUCGGGAAGAGGACGAGAAGUUCGCUCUCGGUGACAGUGUGGACGCGAAGCUGACGGCAUGGAAGGGUGGAAAGAGUGACAACCUGAGAGCUUUGUUGCAGAGCAUGGAUCUUGUGUUGUGGCCGGAGGCUGGGUGGAAGAAGGUCGGGAUGUCGGACCUGGUCAUGCCAGCAAGGGUGAAGAUCGUCUAUAUGAAGGCGAUUGGUAAGGUGCACCCUGACAAGAUCCCGCAAGAUGCCACCACCGAGCAACGUAUGGUCAGCGCCGCUGUGUUCAGCACGCUUAACGAGGCAUGGGACAAGUUCAAGACCGAGAAUAAACUUUGA